AGCGGCUGUACUUCUACUGGCCAGCACUGUAAGCAGCUGACGUCACCGUUAAAUAGCUAGUCAGUUGUUUUGGGAGAAGAAGAAAAGGGCUACUAGCGGAAGACAUACCGUAUAUAGUUUCUGAUAGCACUCGGUUUAUGGUCCUGGUUUAGAUUUUACACAUUUUGAAUAAUGUCAACCCCGGCAAGGAGACGGCUUAUGAGAGAUUUUAAAAGACUUCAAGAAGAUCCUCCCACCGGUGUGAGCGGAGCACCAUCAGAGAACAACAUCAUGCUUUGGAAUGCUGUUAUUUUUGGGCCUGUUGGAACACCAUUUGAAGAUGGAACAUUUAAGCUGCUGAUAGAGUUUUCAGAGGAGUACCCAAACAAGCCUCCCACGGUUCGAUUUGUCUCCAGAAUGUUUCACCCAAAUGUUUACGCUGAUGGCAGUAUAUGUUUAGACAUCCUUCAGAAUCGCUGGAGCCCCACAUAUGAUGUGUCGUCCAUACUCACCUCCAUCCAGUCUUUGCUGGACGAGCCAAACCCCAACAGCCCAGCCAACAGUCAGGCCGCACAGCUCUAUCAAGAAAACAAGAGGGAGUACGAGAAGAGGGUGACCGCCAUCGUGGAGCAGAGCUGGGUGGACGUCUGAGCUUCUCUCACUCCCUACUCCUUCAUUUCCAUCACCCUCUCUUCAUCAUCCUGCUACUUCAGCCUCUCAUUGUUACCUCAUCAAGAAAUAAAACAGCAACUAUAUCAGAAGAACUCAAGUGCCACCCUGAAAAAAAAGAUCCAGAGAACCAACCAACCAGAAUGGACAUUAGCCUGCUUGCCAACACCUGAGGAAAAUGAGGGAGGGAAAUCCACCUUCUAUCUGUUUCUUGUCCUUAAUUUUACUUAUGUUAUUGCAUGAUGUGAAAUAAGUUAUUGCUAACAGAAUCUGUAAAAUAUCUGUUGUUUGGUUGGAUUGAUGCUGUUAGUGUUUGCGUUUUACAGAUUUUCUUUGAACAUUUUCUUUUUUUGUAACUUCUGCUGGUGUGCACAGCUUGGCUGUUUGGAAAUGGCAGUUUGAUGACCACAUUUUAACAGAGAUGGAAGAACCCAGAAAAACUCCUCCUCGGAGUGAGUAUCAUUGUUAUUCUUCAGCUGCAGCAGAUAAAGAACAAUUCCUGAUCUGUUCCAGCAUAGCUGUUAUUUUAGGAUACUGUAGGUUUGGACUCACACACGUCACAGGCUGCAACGGUGCCAAGGCUCCCUGGCACUGAUGAAUUAUGACUCCUUGGCUUAGCCAGCCUGAAUCAUUUCUGCUCCAGGGUAAAUGAAAUAUGUUAAAGUAAAUCUUAACACUUAGAUGGGACAAGAUAAGUACGGAUAACAGGGUUGGUUGAUGUGGGAAACACCAAAUUCCUUUCAAUCAACAUUUUUUUUUUUAGUCUUGUCACAGUUGUAUUUGUCCCACAGUGUUGUUCUUUAAGCGUUAGGAGCCCGAGCCAGGAAAUUCCACAGUUCUUGUACUUUAUGAUUUCCUUGAACAGUGAAUAUUGUUUUCACCAUGGUUCACUCACGGCCAACAGAGCUGGAAUGACAGAAAGUAAGUCUGUGAAAGUUACAGACAAGAAUCGGCAUGACCUUGAUACAAGAAAUGUUGCAUGUACUUCUGCAUCAUGUUCUUUGCUGUUUGUUUUAAUGAGAUGUAUUGUCAUAGUUGAUCAUCUUGGAGAAUAGAGGGUAAACACAACAAACUAGUUUUGUUUUCAGCUGUUCCUGACAGCUCAGAGUUUAUUUAAUCUGCCAUGAAAGUAAAUGACUUACAAAUGCUUUGUUACCUGUGAUGCAUCAGCCUUGAAUGAAGUGUAAGUGCUUCUGGCCCCAGGCAAGCAGUGCUGCCCAGUGGAUACAUUUUUGCUGUUGAUUAGAGGAUUGACAGAGCCACCUGCUGCAGAGAAGACUACAGUCGUGCAGUUUAAACCCUGGUUUAACAGUGUGAGGUCAACUGCUCUCCCAAAAGCUUAAGUUGUUUUCAUGCCUGCAUUUGUCUGAUUUGUGUGUGAUAUCCAGUUUAAAAGAGCACUUGAGUAUAAAUUUAUGACUUAACCCUGCCCAGCUUCAACUGAUUAACCAAUAGGAGAGUCAUAAAACAGUUUCUCCUGAAACAAUAAAGGUCACAGUGUGGCAAGUGAAUUAUUUCACCUACUACGCAGAAGGAAUAGGUUAUAAAAUUUUGUGAAUUAAAAAAUGUAUACUUAUAACACUAUGCUGUAUAAACAUAAAACACAUUUUUCAGACUUUGAAACAGGUUUUGUCAAAUUAUUUUUGCUGUUUGUCCAUUUUGGUCCUUCAAUAGCUCCAAAAACACAUCAUUCACUAUGCUGGGUGAAACAGUGAGUAAUUAGAAGAUAAAGUUCAACCCUUCCACAUCGACAGUACUGUUAAAUAUAACUGUUGUGUUUCAUGUGGUUGUCAUCACAUGUUCCUUCAGGCUACAAAAAUCACUACAACUUUAAAAAUGAGAACAUGUACAAUUUUGUUUAGUUUAUAGCUUAAAUGAUUCAUAAUCAGAAUUUGUUAUAUUAGAAAAUGCAGCCUAAUAAUGACACUGUAAAAGGUUUUCAUUUUUAUCUGCUGUAAAUUGUGUUGUGAUAUCCAGUUUUACCUCUUUUGAAGCCAGUUUCUGACCCACAGCUUUUUCUACUUUUAAUUACUAUUUGCUUAAAAUUAGUGAGCCUGAUGGCAAGAAAAAAGUUAGUCCCUAAACUGUUUACUCAUAGUGUAUCCGAUACAGUGCUUAAUUACAACCCAUUCCUUAGGGAAACAAGACAAAAUACAAUUCCAGGAGAAGAAAACAAGUCUUAUUGCUCCUCGUACAUGAUAUUUAGGACAAGAUCCAGUGUCAUAUUACAUCUGAAUUUGUUUUUAAAAACUGCACUUAAAACAGUGAGUAAACAAAGGUAAAA